GCCAUACGCACACAUAGACCGUAUGCUUACUUUUUCCACAGCGCUGUUUGCGUAUAACGACUUCUAAAGCUCUAUAUUAGAGUAUACCCACUUGUUCUCCUGUUUAACGUCUCCAAGCUGCUUUUGUGGUUGCUUACCCUUUAACUGUAUCGCGUUCACAAUUCAUUCAUACAAUUGGUGCAUUUCUUAAGAAAACUCACAAUAUUUCUUGCGGCCCCGCCUCCGACAACCACGUCAAGCGCAUCAUCUUCAGUGUUGGCAACGCGCCAGCGAGUUCGUACUGUCAGUGACUAAAAGAGUCCAGCUGAAGCUGUCAGGAUGCAGGUAUGACUGUGGUGAAUGUGUCAUUCGCUGCGGCUGGGUUUUUAGGAAUUUAUCACUUGGGAGUCAUAGAGGCUGUCCUGAGACAUGGAGAUAAACUGCUCUGCUCUUUAAAAGCCUGUGCAGGGGCAUCAGCUGGUGCUUUAGCUGCCACUGUGAUGAUCACUGCUCCUGAUAAAUUACAGCAUUGUAAAGAUUUCACCUAUAGGUUUGCCAGAAAUGUAAGAAGUCAAAGUUUUGGAGCAGUGACACCAGGAUAUGACUUCAUGCUUGAACUGCGGGGAGGCAUUGAAGAGAUUCUGCCGCCCGAUGCCCACCAGUUAGCCAAUGAACGACUCCACAUUUCAGUAACAAACUCAAAGACGCGCAAGAACUGUAUGGUGUCCAGUUUCAGCUCAAAGGAAGACCUUGUUCAGGUGCUCUUGGCCAGCUGUUUUGUGCCCAUCUAUGCUGGAGUAAAGUCAGUGGAGUUCCAAGGGCAGAAAUGGAUUGAUGGAGGAUUUACAGACAGUCUUCCUAUUCUUCCUGUGGGACGUACAAUCACAAUUUCACCCUUUUGUGGCCGGCAGAAUAUUUGCCCAGUUCAUAAGGGGAGAAGCAAUCUUUACAUGAGACUAGCCAACAUGAGUGUUGUGUUCUCAAAGGACAACAUCAUAAGGCUGAACCAGGUCCUGUUUCCUCCCUCAUUGCCAAGACUCAAAGAACUGGAGCAAGAGGGAUACGAGGAUGCUGUUCGCUUUCUAGAGCAAGAAAGAUGGAUGCAGUAGUUGAUUUUAGUUGUUCUUAACAUCUUGAACAUCUACGUUGUGGCAUAUUGACAGCAUUUUCAAAUAUGAACUUUUCUUCAUCCAGUUUCCAACAUUUUUUGUGCCAAAGCAGGGCUAUAUUUUUACUUCUGUGGUUGAGUGCCACAAUAAUACUUUGGUCUGCAACUUGCUGAAUGAUAUUUUUGUAAACAGAUCAGUUAUACUGCACAUCAGAGCCCUGGGGCACUUUAAAUAUGACCUAAUAAUAUAUUUCCAACAUGUCUUUUGUUGAAAUCUGUUCGUAAUGGCUUUUAAGCCUGUCAACCUCAAGUCCAACAACUUUCCCUCUUUUGCUAACACUUGCUGCACAUAUCAAUGCGGUGUUUCGGCAGGUCAUUGAGGACAACCAUGGAGAAGAAGCCUUUGAAGUAUAACCACAAGAGAGACUGUUUGAGCUCAGCGAGAGGGUUGUGGGUAUUUGUGAUGUGGCAAUGCGGAGAAAGCUGAAGCAUAUAAGAGAACUCCUUUUUUUGUGAGAAAAUUGAGCAGAUUUAUAUGGAACAGAUUUGCAUGCUAUUUCUCCAAUUAAGUAACAAUUUUAUUGAUUGAUCAGUGGUUAGUGCGCAAAAAUAUAUUUUUGUGCAAAAAAUAUUUUUGUAAUCUGUCACUUCUACAUUAUCCUUCAUUACAAUCAAUUAUAUAGAUAGAUUGUGCAUUGUAGCUCAGUGGCAACAUCUACAUAAAUUUAAAAUGUAUAAUAGUGAUGUUCAUGCUGUAUUGGGUCAAUCCAUGAACAUUAUGAAGAUUUUGCAUCUCAAUUUGUGUGUUCAGAUUUGUAGUUCUUAUGCAUACAGAUCACGUUUGUUUUCUUUUUGUGUUUAGACUGGAAGUCCAGAAUACAGAAAAGCAGUUGAGUUUUCAUGCAAAUAGGUGUUCAAUUUGGCGUUCAAUCAUAAGUCAACAGUUAUGUAUAAUAAUGUAUAUGUAUGGAUUACUAAAUUAUAAUAAUGACAAUGGCUUUUAUCCAGAACGAUGAGCAAGCAAGAAAACCUUGUUUGAAAUAAAGCAUAGUAAUGCACUUUGGAUACUGCUGCUCCCUAAGUGUCAGUGUAUGAAUGUAAUAUUGCUAUUCUUUAACUCCAGCUAGAUGUGACUUUGAAUGGAUGGUUUGAUAUAAUUAGAAUUUGACUAUGCAUAGACUAUAUACUGGAUCUAUUUAUACAACCCUUGAUAUUGGGAUUAUUCAUUAUUUAGCAUUUAUAAUGAUCGUUUUCAAAUCAGUUGGAUUUUGCAUGUGUGUAUAAUUUUUCAAUUGUGGUAUUUUGAUUUACAUUUUCUUGAAUAUGUACCAAUGGCAAUAUUAGUAAUUAAUGUAAACAGAAUAUUUUUGCAUUGGCGUUAGCAGAGUUAAUGUUGGAGAAAUAAAAUAACAAUGUU